GUGAAGGCCCUGAUGCCAUGUAUGUCAAGUUGGUAUCUUCUGAUGGUCAUGAAUUGAUUGUAAAAAGAGAACAUGCACUAAGAUCAGGAACAAUUAAAGCCAUGUUGAAUGGCCCAGCUCAGUUUGCUGAAAACGAAAAGAAUGAGGCCUAUUGUAAAGAGAUCCCUUCACAUGUACUAUCAAAACUAUGCAUGUAUUUUACCUACAAGAUUCACUGCACUUACAGCUCCACUGAGAUUCCUGAAUUCCCAAUUGCACCUGAAAUCCCACAGAACUGCUGA